CAUUUAAGACAUGAUACGGCCCAUCAGCAACUGAUAAUCAUGUGCCAGAGACCAAAUGGCAAAUUGAUGCACUUCAGAAGCUUGCCUGCUUUGGAGCUGGUCUUCCAAGUUGAUACGUCCAAUGAUACCCUUGUUUUUACAAGGCUUUUCAUUAUUUGUUGGCCUAACUUCUGGAACUGUGGAUAUUUUAAAUAUUCUAAAAGAAGAUGAUAAAGUAACACUUUCUGAAAAAGAUGUGAAUAAUAAUGGAGCAAGUGAAGAAAAUGAUACUUCUUGCUUGGAAAACUACCACAAUGGCCCUGUAGUAGCAGUUGACUCUUGCAAGACUCUUUCUAUCUUUUUAAGUUGUGGUUCAGAUUCUGUGAUAAAGCUUUGGGAUAUUAAGAAGAAUUUGGUGGCUGAGAUCACCCUUGAUAACACUUUGAGCACAGCCUGUUUCCUGAAUAGUUUUGGUGAUAUUCUACUGGCUUUCAAAGGUGAUCUUUAUAUCAUGUCUCACAGCAAGGCACUGGGCUUAUUGAAGACCUACACUGAUGCAGCUACAGUCCCAGAAACAGAAUCCUUUAUUUUUGAAAGUCAGCCUCUAGAUCAAGAAAAAAAUGUUUCCAAAACAACUGAGAUGGCAUCAUAUCUGGUACCUUACAAGGGAUUUGUUUUCACUGAAGACUUCACAUCAGAAUUGCUGGUUUUGCCACAGAAGAAAAAACAGCAACCCAGGAGAUUAUCAUUAGCUCCCUCAAAGGUCUACUGCUCUCCCUGUCCUUCAGAAACAUUUCUGGAAAUUUUUGGUUUUCCACUCCAACCUCAAAUCCCCAGUGUGGAAGAACAAGAUAAAGCUAAAUUGUCUGAAAGAAUGAUUGUGACAGAGGAUAUGAAAUACAUGCUUGGGCCAAAAUCUGCAGCACCUCCAGACCAGGAAAUACCUUUCUUGGGCAUUUCUCCAUCUUCAUCUCAACAUGAACAACCCAUGACAAAAAUUCAAGCCGAAGAGCUGUCAGCUGAAGAAGAAAAUGAAGUAGCCCUUCUGGAACCAGCACAAGAAGUAGAGCAACAUCACAUCAGUGAAGAAAUACCUCCAAGUGAAUCAGAAAUAAUAACAGAAAAUGCCAUCUAUAUGGACAGAAGGCAGACUUUAGAGCCAACAUUAUGCAUAGAGUCUUACAUUUUUGGAAAAAGAAAAGAAAAUGAUACAAAAGGAGACAAAAUACUCACACAAGACAAGGUUGGUUCACCCAAGUCUUCUUUUGAACGAAGAUCCACAGUAUUGGAUGAGACUGAAGUUAAGGAAAUAACAAAAGUCUCUAAGAAAUACAUGCCCAAAAAGCAAGUGCCCAAGAAGCUCCUCAGAACGGAAAGACUGGGUCUCAAAAAGAUGCGGACACCAAAGCAUGCCAAAAAAAAUGUGGUGGCAAAGACCACCCUAAGAUCAAGAGAACUCACAUAUGCCUCAUAUUCCCAGAAAGCUAUUUCUGUUGGAGAAAAAGUAUUGCCUGCUCUUGGGAGUGAGGGUUUGGUACCUGCUGAUAAAAGGCCUCCUUCAGGAAAGAAGAAUGAUCAAGAUGGAAAUGAAGGAUAUGAGUCUCCACAUGAAAAGGAUAUCAUAAGGGUUGUGGCCUGGAGGAGGAAACAGAAAGAACACAUUCAGCAAGUUGAGGAACGGCAUGUGAUGCAACAACUUAAGCAAAAGCUGUGCUCUCGGAACCACUGUUUCACACCUAACAACUCUCAGCAAUAUCUGAAUCUAGAAUCUUCUGAAAACUUUCCUGAAACUUUGCUUACCUGGAUGAAGCCUUACAAACAACCUCCCCGCCGUCCUUACACUGUGAUGGAAGAAACUACCAUCAAUCUUCCUAGAGAUUUCCCUUACAGGCUGGCUUGGGGAACACCAACAACUAAGGAUCUGGACAUAAAGCUGUAUCACCCCAAGAUGGAGUUCAGCAAGCAACACAAAAUAAGCAACUUGCCUGUAGAGAGGAGUCUGCAACGAUCAAAAUCAAUCCCAGAGAAAGGGAGAUUCAUCUUAGUGAGAGAACCAAUACCAGCACCUUCUGCUCCUCUUUUGAGCCCUCUGGAGAAAAGGUUACUAAGUGCCCGUUUCCCUAAGCAGAAGGAAAAGGUUCAUUCUCUCCUCUCAGAUGGGAAGGGAUCUUGCUAGGCUUUCCUUUUGUUUACAGGAACUUAAUCUUACUGAAUGAGAUGCCUUCAACAUCUUCCACCAUUUUCAUGGGUCCACUGGACAGCAGGUUUCUGAGGAUGCAUCUCUGAGAACAAAAGAACAUGCAUUCGUCCUACUUCCCCCCCCCCAAAAAAAAACCCUUGUGUGGACUGUGCUGUCUCCUUUCGUAUUGUUUGAACAAAUCUUCAAGGUUGGGUAGCUAAGUAAUUAUACCAGUAACUGAACCUUCAAAUUCUUUUUGCAGUAUUCUUUCUUUGAUAUACUGUUAGCUGCUCUUAAUUGAUUCUCUCCUGAAUAAUUUUUAAGUGAUUGUUCUGAGCUCCAAAGUAUAUAGUAAAUAAAUAUUAAUGGCCAAGCAGAA